AUGUCAAAACUGUGUGGUUUGAACGUAGUUCAGCUACGAGAAGAACUACAGAAACAAAGCCUUGUUACAAGUGGCAACAAAGAAGUACUUGUAGCACUCAGAACGACAGACAGAGGAGUUAAAACAGAUCAAAGAACAGUCCGAACGACAGACAGUAGAGUUAAAACAACAGAUCAAGGAACAGUCCGAACAGAUCAAGGAACAGUCCGAACGACAGAGGAGUUGAAACAGAUCAAAAAACAGUCCGAACGACAGUCCGAACGACAGACAGAGGAGUUAAAACAGAUCAAGGAACAGUCCGAACGACAGACAGAGGAGUUAAAACAGAUCAAGGACCAGCUAAAACACGUAAAAUUGGAAGUGGCAGAACAGAUUAAAGAACAGUCAACAAGAAUAGAAAUGAUCGAGCAGAAACUUGAUCGUCAGACCGUUGAGGUAGAUCACAAGAUAGACAAAUUGAAGCGAGAAUUGGAGCAAUCCAAAAAAAUGGCCAUGCCGUUAGAUCACGCAUCCGGAAGAACUUUGAAGGUACCAGCAUUUGACGGAGAGAUGUCCUGGAACGUUUAUAAAACCCAGUUCGAAGCAGCGGCAACUAGUUCAGCAGCAGAGGUUCUUCGGACGAUUCCGGCGGAGAACCACUUCAACAAUGAAGUUCUUGUUAGCGCGUUGGAUUUACGUUAUGGUGAAGAACACAUGAAACAGAUUUAUCGGUCUCAGCUUAGAAACAGAACGCAACGAUCUGGUGAAUCCAUUCAGCAGCUGGCACAAGAUAUCGAACGGUUGACAUUGCUGUCGUAUCCGACAUCAGACCUCGAGCAUAGAGACGAAACUGCCCUGGAUACGUUUAUCAAAGCCCUUCGUGAUUUGGAACUCAAGCAAUCCCUUCUCUUGUCAGAUAAACGAAAACUCAAGGAUGCCGUUGCGCACAAUCUCACUUUUGAAUCGGCACAGCAGGCAUCAAAAAGUGACGUACGUCUACGCCAAAUUCAUGAAGAAUGCCCUUGCCAGAAGGUGGUUGUGAAACACGAACAUCAACAGCAUGGUGUACCCCAAUGCUGGGUUUGUGGUGAAAAAGGCCAUCUACGUCGUGAUUGUAAACACCGCCUAGAAGAUAACUACUGCCAAAAUUGCGCGACAAGAUGGCGCAAAAGAAGAGAAGAUGAUCUUGUAUCACGAUCGGCCCCUUCUAACGAAGGGGCGAAAAACUAA